GGUUCUAAAGACACCCGGCGUCUCUCUUCUCGAAUUUCUCUCGGCCCUUGUCAGUUGAUUCGUAGCUCGAAAUGCAUGGUCAUGGAGGCUAUGACUCUGAUUUUAGUGAUGAUGAACACGGUGGAGAAUCUAACAAAAGGAAAAAAAGGACAGUUGAAGAUGAUUUAUUGCUCAAAAAGCCAUUUCAGAAAGAAAAACAUGGAAAAGUGGCCCAUAAACAAGUUGCAGCAGAAUUGCUGGAUAGGGAAGAAGCAAGAAAUAGAAGGUUUCACCUCAUAGCCAUGGAUGCUUAUCAAAGGCACACAAAGUUUGUAAAUGACUAUAUUUUAUACUAUGGUGGCAAAAAAGAAGACUUUAGGCGAUUGGGGGAAAAUGACAAGACAGACAUGGAUGUUAUACGAGAAAAUCAUAGAUUCCUAUGGAAUGAGGAGGAUGAAAUGGACAUGAAUUGGGAGAAGAAACUUGCAAAGAAAUACUAUGAUAAAUUAUUCAAGGAAUACUGCAUAGCAGAUCUCAGUAGAUACAAAGAAAAUAAGUUUGGAUUUAGGUGGCGAAUAGAAAAAGAAGUAAUUUCAGGAAAAGGCCAGUUUUUCUGUGGAAAUAAAUGUUGUGAUAAAAAAGAAGACUUGAAGAGUUGGGAAGUUAAUUUUGGUUAUAUUGAGCAUGGUGAAAAGAGAAAUGCACUUGUUAAAUUAAGGUUAUGCCAAGAAUGUUCCUUUAAAUUAAAUUUUCAUCACAGGAGAAAAGAAGUCAAGUCAAAAAAAAGAAAGGAUAAAACCAAAAAAGAUUAUGAAGAGUCAACACAUAAAAAAUCCAGAUUAUCUUCUGCAGAAGAGACCUCUAAGAAAAAGGAAAAAGGGCAUUCAUCCUCAAAGAAAUCAGAAAAUUCUGUAAACAGAAAUUCUGAUGAAGAAGAAGGUACUUCAGAAUCUGAACUUUGGAAGGGCCCCCUACCAGAAACAGAUGAAAAAUCGCAAGAAGAAGAAUUUGAUGACUAUUUUCAAGAUUUAUUUCUGUGAGAUGGAAGAGAGAAGCCCACAUUCCUUAAUGUGAAAGUACACUUUGAAACUCUUCACAAAAAUUUUAUCUACAAGUUGCAGCUUGAGUGGUUUAUCUUCAGAAAUAAAAAUCCAGCUACUCUCAAGAUGUCAGCUGCUUUGGAAGUUUUUCAGUUCUAUUGGAGACAUGCUUCCCCAUCCCUUUAUAUCUUUUCAGUUGCUUGUCGACGACUGCUCCAUCUGUAGCUGCUGGAGGAUGAAGCUAGUACACUGUACAGAGAGUCCAUUGUGCCUGUAUUUUGUAGGGGUUUUUGCUGUUGUUUUUACUCAUUCAUAUUUAUCUUCCCUUGCUUCAGUUAGUUUAAGUUAUUAGAAUUAUUGGUGUCUCACAAAAAUUAUAAAAUAGACUCAUUAUGUCUUUACCUUUCCUUUGAUACACUGGCACCCCUCUUUUUAAGCACCUACUUUCCCAUUACCACCUCUUGCGAGCUGCCUUUUUUUUCCCCUUUGCUUACCUUUCUCUUCCUUCUCACCUAUCCUACUUAAGGGACUUUGUUAUAAUCAAAUUUGACUUCCCAGUGUGUGAGAAGUUUAUUACAAAGUAAAUUAAUACCAUGGAGCAGCGGGGCACGGCAAAUGAGGUCCCAGAAGUCUGAAACAGUAGAUUAGGUUCACGAAAGUUGACUCUCCAACAGAGAGAUUCUAUAAUAAGACAAUUUAACUGAAUAAUAGUAUGUGCUAGAUCUUAUCUCAGAUACAGUCACACAAAUAUGGAUAUACUUAUGUGCCAGGAUAUAUUAUAAAAUGUAACUUUUACUGCAUUUUGCUGUCAUGCUGGGGGA